AUGUUAUUAAAAAAUAAAAUAAAAAUUAUUUUUUGUUUAUUUUUAAUUUUUAAUUUAAAUGAAAGUAACGAACAAUGUGAAUGUGAAUGUAAACCUGAAUUUGAGAUAGUAACACCUGAUAAAGUAGAAGGACCUUUAACACAAGACUUUCAAGAAUGGCUUUCUCAGCAUGAAUAUUACGAAGACUUGGCUGGUUUUGGUAAUUUAAAUAGUUUUGGUGGACGUAAAUACAAAAAUCAGCCGGUAAAUAUUAGAAAAAUAAAUAAACGUCCAGUAGUAUUUAUUCAUGGCAAUUCUGAUGGGGCGUUAGCUGGUCAUGGUGGUGAUUGGAACAGUGGAUGGAGUAAUUCCAUUAGUUAUUUUAUGUCCCAUGGAGGAUACACUACAGCUGAAUUAUACGCAAUAACUUAUGGAGUUAGAGACAUUACAAAAUCUAUUGAAAAUAAAUUAACUUGCGGAACUGCUACAAGAUUGCGAAGAUUUGUAGAUGCUGUUUUAGCUUAUACAGGUGCAGAAGAAAUAGAUAUUAUUGCUCAUUCAAUGGGUGUUACUUAUGCAAGAAUUAUUAUACAAGGGAAUAUGUGGAUUUUACAUAGAUGCCAACUUGGAGACCCUCUAAAAAGUAAAAUAAAUAAAUUUAUUGCAAUCGCUGGUGCUAACAAUGGCUUGUGUAUUUGUGCUGAUAGUGAAGGAGAAACAACUAACGACACAAAAAGAGUUCCAGCUUGCAGUAAAGAAUUUGGUUUCUGGACUGGUCCAAGCUGUCCAGAACAUACAGAUGUAAAACAGUGUAACAGCGACGAUCUUAUUCCGUGUUCAGAUAAUUAUGGAGAUAUAUUGAGAAAAUUGGAUCAUUCAAAUGAUGAUGCUAAAUAUAUUGUAAUAAAUUUAUUUAGUUAA